GUGCCUCAAGGUCCCAACACUUAAUUUUUCACUUUAAUUCUCCUGGGAGGAAAGCUGGUGCUUAUAUGUGGAGCUAUUUAGCCCCAUAACUCUUGGUGAAGCACAAGUCACGAUGUGGAAAAGUAUGAAGACCUGCCGUCUUGUUGCUUCUGAUACUACUGUUGCCAUUUUUUUUUCCUUCUUGACUCCCACUCUAAGACCGAAAUGGAAGAUGUGAGCGCCAAAAGGGUCAGUGACUUCUUACAGAAAUGCGUCAAACUUGAGGACAACGAGGGGGACCCUCAGCCCAAGGAGGAGAUCUUGGAAGUUCAAAGCCUCCCUAUACUCGCUCCAUCCUACCCUCAGACAGUGCAAGAGGAAAUCUCAAUGGUUUUCAAUACUUGUGCAAUGCCAGCCAAUCUGGGCCCAUGUGCCAGGAGGCGGCGUGAGAAAGGCAAUGGCCACGAUGGGACAAGCGCAUCUCUCUACGUUGACCGCCGAAAAUCCAAAGUGUGGAACUAUUACACCAAGCUGGGGGAUGCCUAUGUGGAAUGCAACGUCUGCAAGAAGCAACUGUCCUUCCACAACAGCACCACAACCAUGAGAGAACAUCUGGUGCGGAAACACAGCAUUCGUGACACCUUACUAUCACAACUGAAGGAUGACCAGGUUUCAGACCCCGAUUAUGUGGCUCAGGAGAAUGCAAUAAAACGGGCUCGCCAGCUGACACCUGAAAACAAUAAUCAGUACCAUACUGUGACCUGCACAGAACCCAGGACUGAUGUGAUUCUGGAGCUAGUGCUAGAAAUGAUUUUUCGGGACCUGCAUCCUCUUUCAGUAGUGAAGGACAAAGGUUUUGGCCUUCUAAUUGGCUACUUAGAACCUAGUUUUAUUCUCCCAUCCCCUAUGCAGCUGUCUAGCAUGCUGUGGCACCGAUAUAAUGUUGUCAAGCAACAUCUAGAACACUACCUGCAAACAGCUCAGUCUAUUGUGAUCUGCGCUGAAUUCUGGCUCUCUCACCCCAACCAGACAUACCUGACAAUCGUGACUAAUUUUAUUGAUGGAGAGUGGCGGAGGGCUAGAUGCAUCCUAGAGACCCAACAGGUGCAUGAGAAAGCAGAGAGCAAUUUGGGAGAUAGACUAUAUGCAGUCCUAACAGACUUUGGAUUGUCCAACAAAUCUGUCUUUUGCAUGAUGCAUGACAGCCUACAGGACAUGGAGGCAAAUUCAUCACACCUUAAAUGCAUCUAUGGCUGGACUAGCCUAUGCUGCGCGGCCCACCUGCUACACCUUUGUGUCAAGGCAGGCCUUGAGGUGGAGCAGGUGCAAGAAGCUCUGACUGCUGCUCGAAGCAUUGUCUGCUACUUCCAGCAGGAUGCUAAGGCUACUUGCUCAUUGAACAGCAAAUUGGAAGCCAUCAACAAGACGAAACUGAAAUUGGUAAUGGACACUGGGGCUCGAUGGAUAACUACCAUUGAGAUGUGUGAGUGCCUGCUAGACCUCAAGUGGGCCAUCAUGUCCGUUUUGGAGGAACAUCCCAAGGGAACCUCAGUGGUCCAGAAUUUGGCUGAUCACCAGUGGAAGCUCUUGCAAGAUCUAGUGCCAGUUAUGAGGACACUUAAGAUAGCCACUUCCUUUUUGCGAGAAGAGCAGAACUUCUCUAUCUCCUCCCUGAUGCCUUGCAUCCAUGGUAUUGUCACUGCCAUUGGACAGCAGUCAGAAGAAGCAAGUGGCAUCAUUAAAACUGUGGUGAACAAUAUAAGAGGAGAGCUCACCCAGCGUUGGGGUAUUCUGGAUGAAAAUGAGUUGCUGGAGAGCCCAGCAGUGAUUGCAUCAUUUCUAGACCCACGAUUCAAGGAAAUGAGAUUCCUGAGCCCAAGUCUACGGAGCGAGUUGCACAAAAAAAUUAAAACUAUGUUGUCCCAGUUCUUCAAUCAUCAGUCCCCAUUGUCAACCCAGUUCUGGGUGCCAAACUCCGAUUACAAAGCAGAGGUUAGUGAAGCAGGCAGCCAGCUUUCAGCUCAUAAGGAAAGAGGCCCAAGUGGGCAAUCCCAAAGUAUGUAUGACAUCCUUUUGGGAAAAGACCCUACUGAAAGCAUGCCUGAGAUCCAUCAACAGCUAGAGAACUACAUUGUGGAACCUCUUUGCAAGCGUAGCACGAACCCGUUAGAUUGGUGGAAAAGCAACGAACACCGCUUCCCCUCGGUUGCCCGAUUAGCCCGGCAAUAUCUGGCUAUCCCAGCGACAGUCGUACCACCAGAUCAGGCCUUUGCUGCCAGUGAAAGUGCCCUGGAGCACCGGAGGGGUGUACUUGCCCCUGAAAAUCUGGACCAAAUUCUUUUCUUGCACCAAAAUUUUGAUUUUUUAGAAUCUAUGCGAAAUGGGAAUGAGAAUCUGAGUAAGUCUGUACACAGCCAGUACUGAAAAAUCAGGUGUGGAAAAAGCAUAGAAAUCAGUGUAUCACAAUGCAGCCGAUACACUGGGAAAGGAGAUACGAAGAGGAUGCUCAGUCUUGAUAACGUGACUUUCAGGUCACUUUAGUCAAAUUGGCAGGCAGUGUUUGAGCUUGCCCUUUAAUUUAAAAACCAGUUUGCCUAUUGCCUAAGCUUACCCGUGUUUUUCCCUGUAGUGCAGAUUGUCCUGUAAAUAAGAUUACUUUUUUUUUAAAGAUCACUUCAAACAGAUUGUAGAGCAAGGACGUUCCUGUUGCUCCUCUAAAAAGGUUCAGGGUGUACUCUUGGAAGGCAAAUGGUUGUCUGGAGAUCCAUGAGAUCUAAUUGGAGAACUAGAUACAUGCUAUUUUGGAAAGAGGACUAAUAAGGACAAGAAAAGUUGAAAUGAUUUCAGAUGUCUUCCUUAAAUGACUACGUUAUAGCGCAAGAACCUUGCAAGUGGUAAGCCGGAGUGUUAUUGGGCCUUGAAAAAGGGAAAAAGCUACCACUAGGCACAUCUACCCAGUCUGGUCUUGGUGGCCAAACUUUGCGCUGCUGCUUUAAGAAUGGAAUAAAUUUAGAUACUGGAUCCACCGGAAGAGCUCAAAACUCCAGCAUCAUUUUCUACCACCCAGAUCCAGUAUGACAUACUGUAGUUGUUCGGGGACUAAAACAUGACACAAGAGCACCCUAGGCCACUUACUCCUUGAGAAAAAGCUGAAUAGAAACCCAGUAUAUAAACCAGAUAACUCUAGGAAGCUCCCAAGCUCAUCAAGACCGAAGGUGGCAGUUCCUCCUUUGUCACUCUGAGAGCAACAAGAAUGCCUGUCUUGCAAACAUCUGCAGCCUUCUUGGUUUUUUAUCUCUUGAAUGCUUCCUUCUACAGGAUCCCAAAGAUGCAAACUUAAAACAUGCACACGGACCAAAAAGGAAUAAUCCAUGAGCAAGUGGCACUUGCAGGCUGGAUUCACACAACACACUAGAGUUUACCAAAUGAGACUGAGUAGUUUGUGGCUGAGCAUGAUGUGGAAGCCCAGCUAUUGUUAAAACAUGUUGUAUGAACUAGAUUUCCAUAUCAUAGUUUGUUUAAGCACAGAAUAUGAUGUGAACAUAGUUAACUUGAGUUUAGGGUUUAGUGUGUUGUACAAACCCAGCAAUUACAAAGGGCAGCUUUCCUGAGCCUGUUGUCCUCCUGUUAUGUUGAACUCCAGUUAUUCCAUAAGCAGCCAUGCUAGUUAUGAUGGAAUUCCAAACACAUCCAGAAGGCAGAGACGGGAGGAUGGAGGAUGACAUUAGGCCCCCACAGGCAAAUCUAAGCCCUGUGAUAUUCAUACAGAUAAAGCUCAAUCUGAACUUGGGAUGGACAUCUAGGCUGAGAGGUUGCUAGCAAUACAUGAUUUUAGCUUUGUUUUUUUCAACCUAAGCUUUUGGAAACUUGCAUCUAAAUUUGAAAAGAUUUAAGUGACAGGAAAUGAGGGUGCAGAAAGACGGUUAAAAAGAUGGUUUUAUGGGAAUUUGCACUGUGCAGAACAAGACAAUGCAGAUAUACAGUACUUAAAGCUAUAACUGUAUUUUGCCACAGUACUCCCACUGCAUAGAUCUGAAUAUUGAGGUUUUCGCUUUGAAAAAAAGGUGAUCUGUUCUUGAUUUAUCAGUUUCAGUUGCACUAAGUGUUUAAAAGCUAUAGUCUUAAAGCCUUCUUAUGUCAUUAACAGAGUGAAUAGUGAUUGCAUAUAGUGUAAGAAUGUAACUUGCUUUCAGAUUUUAAGUAAGAUUAAAAUGCACCAUGGCUGUGUUUUGCAAGUCGCUGUGAAAGCUGGCAUGUACACGAGAGAACCCUGUACUUGUCAGUAUUCUAUCAGUUAUUGGCCGGUCUCUGUGUCCAUAAGGCUAUCUUGCCGCAUUUCAGAAAUGUCAAAAAAAAAAAAGAGCAGCCGUGAUGGAAAUAGGUGGAGACCUAAAUUCAAUAGGAUGUGAACAGCUCAGACCCACUCGUAGCUGAAUUAAGCAGCAAAAUUGCCUGUAUACGAGUGCAUGAAGAAACAAAACCCAUGGAAACUGGUGGGUGAAGAUGUGUGUUAACCAGUUACGAUUGGCGUCUGAGAAUAACCAUAAUUUAUAGAACGCAAAAAUGUAUGCCUGCUUCUCAAAGUGGCAUUUUGGAGAAAUCUAGGUUUCACUGCCAGCAGUGGGAAAAGAUGUAAGAAAUGAAGACAAACAAUGAGAUGUGUUGGCUGGACUGCAGGCCAUAAAAUGGACUCCCCCUUGAAAAGGUUCAUGGAGAUACAAAUCACAAUGCUUAUUUAUUAUAUUUUUAUCCCAUUUAACAGAUAAAUUGGCUUCCAAAACAGGAUACAAAGCUAUGAAAGCCCAUUUUGUAAGUACGUGCCACUAUAUUAUCUCCAGUCAUACCCAGCUCAUUUACAGAGCUCUGCUAUAUCAAUUAGUCCCAUAUCACAUGCUAUCCUGAAGGACUGGAAACUGUACUUUGUCAUCUACAAUGAAUGUAGAUUAUAAAUUCCAGUCUCAGUAUCUCCAAGAUGCAUUUAUCUUGUCCACAGUGAUUGCAAAUGUGAAUGAAAGAGCUGGCCACAAUGCAAGAUGUAUGAUGGCAGUGAGCAAAUGUGUUUUAAAUGAGCUUUAUGGCUUUGAAGAUAAUGUAGACACGGCCGCGGCCAAUUUUAAAAUGAGAGCUCCUGCUCCCGGGCUUGUAAACUCCUAAGACGAGACCCGUAAAGAAAGGGAAGUGGCAGCAAUUACUUCUUGGAAGUCUGAAUGAAGAAUCAAGUCCUAAAUGGCAAUAGUAUCCACUUUUACUCAUGUUUCCUUGACUUCAAUACAUGUUUGUGAUCCUUGUUCCCAUAGUCAAUGGAUGAAGCCAGAAUGGGCUGUCCUUCAAUUACUCAGGCCAAACGUCAGUAGGAACAGAUUUGUUGUAUCUGGCAGGGAGGGGUAAACCAAGAUCCCUUAAACAAACUUAGGAAUCAAACUAAUUUAUGUUGCUAUUCCAUACAUGUCCCCCCCCCCCGGUCCCAUGGGCUUGUUACUUAUGCAAAGUAAUGGUGCAAUAAACUGAAACAAGGUAUGGAACAUUAAAAAGAUUAACACUGAGCCUAUUGGGGAGAUGAAUAUAUUCAGUGAAUAAAAUAAAUACAAUGAUUCAGUUCA